AUGGGUAAACCCCGAGGAAUUCGCACAGCGCGUAAGCACGUGAACCAUCGUCGUGAACAACGAUGGGCCGACAAAGAAUACAAGAAGGCUCACAUGGGGACGAGGUGGAAGGCCAAUCCCUUCGGUGGUGCAUCUCACGCUAAGGGCAUCGUCCUGGAGAAAGUUGGUGUUGAAGCCAAACAGCCUAACUCUGCCAUCCGCAAGUGUGUGCGUGUUCAGUUGAUCAAGAACGGCAAGAAAGUGACAGCCUUCGUGCCACGGGACGGUUGUCUCAACCACAUUGAAGAGAACGACGAAAUUCAAGGUCGUCAAGGUAGCCAACGUAUCCCUUCUAGCUUUAUACAAGGAAAAGAAGGAACGGCCACGAUCAUAGGCGUAAUCUACACUUGUGAUAAGUGA